AUGGGUAUGGGCAGCUCACCUGGCGGCCGAACAGGAGGCCGGUCUCCUCUCGUUUCACUGUUGGUCGCUCUUCCGCUCUUCACGUGGACAUCCUCAACCCCCCCAAUACCCUCGACGCAAGCGGGCAACAGGCUCAGCAGCGGAAUCAUCUUACCAGGCCGCUGCUCCCACGGCCAGAUAGCUGCCCGAUCUCCCCUUGGAAGCGCGAUUUGCCUCCUCAAAGGCUGGCAGCCGCCCCUCUAG